AUGAAAACCCAUAGGACGAUCCUGGUCUUUUCUCUUCUAUUUCCUUACCUUUCUUCCAUUCCUCAUGUCUAUGCUGGCUCUUCCAAUGAUAGACUGUCAGAGAAGGUAAAUGAUAAACUAGACAUCUCCCAUCUCGGUCUUACCCCACAACAACAAAGAGAAGUAUUCGGUAAUCUAGAUAUAAUAUCAUCCAUGACAGAAACUGAUUGUCAUACAUCCAUAUCACUCCGUCUUUCCUCUUCAUGCACCACCGAACGAGAUGGUAUGGUAGGAUUGCAUGAGGAUGAUCGCAAAUCAGUGGCUAUAUCACUCACAUUAUGUGCAAUCUCCUCUGCUUUGUUACCUAUCCCAACGGAAUGUUCGGCGUGGUACGGUCAACCUGGAAUGGAAACCGCACGGACUAAAUCGAUCACACGGUGGAUGAAAGGUGAUGGAGAGGGAAGGAACCUGGCGAAGUGUUUAGGAGCAUUACAUAGAAGUCCACAAGAUUGGACUACAUAUAAUGGUUAUCUACGAGAAGCCACGCAAUUGUGUCACGCUAUAAGUGGGAAACGGGAAGCAGAGAUAGCGAGACAAACAUAUGUCAAUGCUACUUUGGAGAAAAUCGCAUUGCUCAAUUUGAUGAAACAAAAUGAAGAAUCUCGAGCCACUCGGGAAUCUCGCUUGGUCUCUGAUCUAUCAGAAAAACUACAAACGAUGCAGAGUACCAAUCAAGCGGCGGAGAAUGCAUUGAGGGACCUUAACACUCAAACCGUCAUGCAGGAGGAUAAUCUACUUCUGUUAUCUACUGCUUUGGAGGAUUUGGAAGUUGGGAAGAUUGCUUUGUGGAGGAAUAUGGAACGAGACGCGAGAGCAGUUCAGGAUAAGUUGUUCACUGAGAUCGAAAGAGCUUGGGAAGAUAUUCUUCAAACACGAGUGAGAGAGUUAGGAGAGGAUUUACGACUCGUCACACAAGAGCAUUCGGAUGAACUCUCAGCGACGAAGAUGUCUAUGGAGGGUCAUCUGAAACAAGCUUUUUCUGAUACUUGGGAAAGACAACAUCAAUUAUCAGAGAUGAUCAUGAGAAAUACGGACAACCUCCGACUAGAGAUGUUCGCUCUAUCAACCAUGACGGGAGAAACGUUCUUGAAUAUGAGAGAUAUCCAAACGAUUAGCCAAGAUUUACAUCCCACCCUCAUCUCAGCCGUCUCCAAUGCUCUCGAAUUGAAAUCCGUGCAUUCUGAACUCCUAACUUCAUUACAUAAUUCAGCGUCCGAGUCGAAAGCUCUAUCACAACUCGCCGCUACGUUUCAUGAGAGUAUCAACGACACUCUGUCUUCCUUGUCAAUAUGGAAGAAAGAUCUUUUAUCUCACAAGAAACGUUGGUUCGGCCCUAUCACAUUGUUCUCAGGCCCAGCGCUGUUCAACCCCCAAUUAGGAAACAUCAGCAAACCCAAUCUCGCAGUCCUCUCUCAUCUCCUAACAUGGGUUAUCAACAUCAUAUCAAGUCUACUCCUCAUGUGUCUCUGCGGUGCCGUAUCUUUAUUAGCUUCAGCAUGGUUACUUCUCCGUACAGGUCUUGGAACUUUGUUGAAAAACGCGAUGAAAACACUUCGAACUGAUGAUUCUCACGAAGUAGGAGAUAUCGAGAAUCUUCCACAAGCUGUGAAAUUGGAGAAAUGUCUCAAUAGCAAUACCACAUUUGCUUCAAUACGAACCCCAUCAACAAUCUUACGUACUCCUCAUACUCUUACUUCAUACCUUCACACUCCUCCUAAUUCAAUGCCGACCAACAAGAUCUUUCAACUUGAUAAUUCUUUGAAAAAGGUGACAAACGGUAUGAGAGAAGAGAUAACACCUUUGUAUCCUUGGAACGCACUUCAAUUAGCUUUCACCCCUGAAACCAUCCCUCGAAAUCCUCCCUUAUCUCGUAAAUCUCUAGGUAGAGGUUCAAAUGGGAAAGAAGGAAGAAGACGAUGUGUUUCUGAACCUCCAUAA